CAGAACUGACCCUAAACGUGAGUGAGCCUGGCUCUGCCACUCUCCCGUCCCCUCCCCUGAGAUGGGGUGAGGAGCUCAGCCCCCAUUCACAUGGAACACUCUGCCACAGGCCGAGCCUUGCACUGCACACUCACUCCCCCCUCGUUGAAACGCUCUGCUUCUGGCUGGCUUAAACCGACGGGGAAAACGAUCGAAAAGGCUCGCACCAAAACAAACGCCGUGCCGUGGCAUGUAAAUACGGGCCACCGCCUCGGCCGCGCCCGCACCCAACCACACCGCCACCCUCGCAUUGUCGCAUCCCAAUGCCCAGCGCCAGCGCGUCAACCCGAACACCGUAGCCUGCUCAUCUCAUGUCGGCCAACACCGUAGCCAAGCCAGCCCCCAUGUCCGCCUCCUCUGACCCCUCGCCCUCCUCCUCCGCCGCCGCCUCCCCGCUCGCGCUCCUCCGCCCGCACCCGCACCUCACGCUGCCCUCGCCGGCCUCCGCGCCCGCGCCGCCGCCGCCGUCCCCGGCGUCGGCUCCGAGGGACUACCGCAAGGGCAAUUGGACCCUUCACGAGACGCUCAUCCUCAUUACCGCCAAGAGGUUGGAUGACGAUCGCCGGGCUGGCGGGGGAGGCGGAGUGGCCGCGGCCGGGUCACCGACGACGCCGCGGUCGGCGGAGCAGCGGUGGAAGUGGGUGGAGAACUACUGCUGGAACCACGGGUGCCUCCGCAGCCAGAACCAGUGCAACGAUAAGUGGGACAACCUCCUCCGCGACUACAAGAAGGUCCGAGACUACGAGACCCGGGUCACCGCCACCGCCACCGCCACCGCCGGCGGUGGCGGUGCUGGGGCGCUCCCGUCCUACUGGACCAUGGAGCGGCACGAACGGAAAGACCGCAAUCUCCCCACCAACCUCGCGCCCGAGGUGUUCGACGCGCUCACGGACGUGCUCUCCCGCAGGGCCGCGCGACGCGGGGGCGCAGCGAUCGUGGCCACCCCGCCUCCUCCACCACCUCCUUCCCCUCCGAAGUCUCUCCUCGCGCAUCCUCGCCCUCAGCCUCCGCCGUCGCUGCCACUUCCGCCGGCGGUGGCGCCGCCGGCGACGUCGGUUUCCGCUGAGGAGCUGUCUGGCUCGUCGGAGUCCGGGGAGGAGGGUUCGGACGGCGAGCCGGAGCCGAAGCGCCGCCGGCUCAACCGGCUAGGGUCCAGCGUGGUGCGUAGCGCCACUGUGCUGGCGCGCACCCUGGUGGCGUGCGAGGAGAAGCGGGAGCGGCGGCACCGGGAACUCCUGGACCUGGAGGAACGGCGGCUGCGGCUCGAGGAGGAGCGCACCGAUGUGCGGCGCCAGGGCUUCGCGGGGCUCAUCUCGGCCGUGAACAGCCUGUCCAGCGCAAUCCACGCGCUCGUCUCCGAUCACCAGAGCGGCGAGUCCUCCCGGUGAUUCGUGUCGUCAAAGCCGGAGCUCGACCAAACUGGGCCGGUCAAUGCUGGAAACUCAAAGAUCGACCCGUCUGCAUAGCUAGCAUUUGCAAUCCGGCUCCCGGGACAACCGAGAUGUAAAUAAGGUGAUUAAUUGUUGCGACGUUUGGAGGCUGUGACUAGAAAUUUUUUGGAGGUACAUCGCAUGCAUGUUUGCUAGGUAUCUUCCCCUGUGUAUUUUUUUUUGUGCACUUGACUGAGAGCGAGCAAUGGUGUU